AUGGCUCCCCGCCGGAGGAAGCGCGGGGCCCAGCAGCCGGCGGCGGCCGAGGCACCGGAGGAGGCGGGCGCCCCGCAGAAGCGGGCCCGCGCCGAGGGCGAGGGCAGCCUGGGGGGGACCGGUCCCCGCGUCGUUAUCGAGCACUGCAAGAGCUGACGGGUGUUCGGUCGCGAGGCGGCGGCGGUGAGCGCGGCCCUGCGGGGGGCCAUGGCCCACCUCCCCGUGGACAUCAACCCCCGGCAGCCGCGCAGGAACAGCUUCGAGGUGUCCCUAGUGAAGGAGGAUGGCAGCACUGUGGAGCUGUGGAGCGGCAUCAGGAAGGGGCCACCCCGCAAGCUGAAGUUCCCCCAGCCGGAGGCCGUGGUGGAAGCCCUGAAGAGCAGCUUGGCAUAGAGGUGGC